AUGGAGGACCCAGCAGGCAGAGCGACAAGAACCUGGAGAUGGCCAGCCAUGGGGUCCAGCAUCUUUUUGCUCCUGUGUGUUAUUGGGCUCAGCCACGGGUCCUCAGAGAAGAUUUAUAAUGGCACGGAGUGUGUUCCUCACUCCCAGCCUUGGCAGGUGGGGCUGUUUGAAGGUGUCAACCUGCGCUGUGGGGGGGUCCUCAUUGACCGAAGGUGGGUCCUCACAGCUGCUCACUGUAGCGGCAGCAGGUACUGGGUGCGCCUGGGGGAACACAGCCUCGGCCGCCUGGACUGGACAGAACAGAUCCGGCGCAGUGGCUUCUCCAUGACCCACCCCAACUAUCAGGGAGCCCUGAGGAGCCAUGAACAUGACCUGCGGCUUCUGAGGCUGGGCACUCCCGUCUUCUUGACCCGCAGUGUCCAGCCCCUGGCCCUGCCCACCACCUGUGCAGCAGCUGGGACCGAGUGCCACAUCUCAGGCUGGGGCACCACCAACAGACCAUGGAACCCCUUCCCAGACCGGCUCCAAUGCGUUAAUAUCUCCGUCGUCUCCAGCGCCGACUGCAAAGCCGUGUACCCUGGGAGGAUCACGGACAACAUGGUGUGUGCGGGCGGCAGGCUGGGGAAGGACGCCUGCCAGGGUGACUCUGGUGGCCCCCUGGUGUGCGGAAGAGUCCUUCAGGGUCUGGUGUCCUGGGGGUCCGUUGGGCCUUGUGGGCAAGAAGGCAUCCCAGGAGUCUACACCAAUAUUUGCAAAUAUGUGGACUGGAUCCAGAAGGUCAUGAGGAACAACUGA